AUGAUGGUGGCACGUUGGCAUUUCAUCGGCGGCGACGAUGAGUCGUCGGUGCUUAAUCAUGGCAUAGCGCGGCUCAUCGUCGACGGGGCUUCUGCCUCAACGUCGCUUCGUCGCCCCGUUGAACGCACACUUCUGAUGUCGAUCGAUCGACAAACGAGACCGUCUGCUGUUGAAUACUCUGCAGUUGUCACCACAGCAAUUCACAAUAAAUUCACGAAAAUCUAUGAAUUCAUUCUCAACGCCGAUUCGGCCCCGCAAAGCCGUCAAAAAGCUGCUGAGAGAUUACAAGAUUUGGUAGUGGGGAAGGUGAGAGGCCCUGACGAAUUGUUGUCGUCAAUACAUGGAACCUUCCUAGCGCCAGUGAUGACUGUGGACUCGGAACCGAAAAAGGCGAAACUUGAUCCGACAGCCUUAUAUUCGCAGUAUAUUAGUCAGAUGAACGGUCUCACCACGGCACAACUGUUAGCUGGGCAACCACUCGCACAGAUUGCCGCUCCUACACACUGCUCAGCUUCUUCCAGUACACCUCGAUCACGGGUCGUUCACAUACGAAAUAUUCCACCAGACAUGGUCGAUGUCGAGCUUAUUCAGUUGUGCGUGCCUUAUGGUCCGCUUUCCAACUACAUGAUGCUCAAAGGAAAAAGCCAG